AGCUGGCGCAGCUCAGACCCGGAGCCGCCAGCAGCUCCUUCCCCUGUUGGUGCACGCGCGGGGGUCGGGGCUAGGCCCCCCACGCCGGGUCCCCCGGGGCUGCAGCAGCAGCGGCGCCGCCCAGGGUGCCCGCCGGGGCCCGGGCGCCGGUCCCGCUCUGCAGGAUGGGCACGGUGCUGUCGCUGUCCCCCGCCGCCUCGGCCAAGGGCCGGAGGCCCGGCGGGCUGCCGGAGGAGAAGAAGAAGGCGCCGCCCGCGGGGGACGAGGCGCUGGGGGGCUACGGGGCGCAGCCGGCGGGCAAGAGCGGCAAGGGCGAGAGCCGGCUCAAGCGGCCGUCAGUGCUCAUCUCGGCGCUCACCUGGAAGCGCCUGGUGGCAGCAUCCGCCAAGAAGAAGAAAGGCAGCAAGAAGGUGACGCCCAAGCCGGCGAGCGCCGGCCCCGACCCGCUGGUCCAGCAGCGCAACCGCGAGAACCUUCUCCGCAAGGGCCGGGACCCCCCGGACGGCGGCGGCGGCGGCGCGACCAAGCCCCUGGCUGUGCCGGUGCCCACCGUGCCCGCGGCCGCCGCCGCCGCCUGCGAGCCCCCGGCCGGGGGCAGCGCGGCCGCCCCGCCGCCCGGCCCCGGAGGGGGGAAGCCGCCGCCGCCGCCGCCCCCCGCCCCGCAGGCGGCGCCGCCCGUGCCCGGGGGCUCCCCGCGCCGGGUCAUCGUGCAGGCGUCCACCGGCGAGCUGCUGCGCUGCCUGGGCGACUUCGUGUGCCGGCGCUGCUACCGCCUCAAGGAGCUGAGCCCCGGCGAGCUGGUGGGCUGGUUCCGCGGCGUGGACCGCUCGCUGCUGCUGCAGGGCUGGCAGGACCAGGCCUUCAUCACGCCCGCCAACCUGGUGUUCGUGUACCUGCUGUGCCGCGAGUCGCUGCGCGGGGACGAGCUGGCGUCGGCGGCCGAGCUGCAGGCCGCCUUCCUCACCUGCCUCUACCUCGCUUACUCCUACAUGGGCAACGAGAUCUCCUACCCGCUCAAGCCCUUCCUCGUGGAGCCCGACAAGGAGCGCUUCUGGCAGCGCUGCCUGCGCCUCAUCCAGCGGCUCAGCCCGCAGAUGCUGCGGCUCAACGCCGACCCCCACUUCUUCACGCAAGUCUUUCAAGACCUCAAGAACGAGGGCGAGGCCGCUGCCGCCGGCGCCGGGGGUCCCCCCAGUGGGGGCGCGCCCGCCGCCGCCCCCUCGGCCGCCAGGGACAGCUGCGCGGCCGGAGCCAAGCACUGGACCAUGAACCUGGACCGCUAGGGAACGCGGAGGCCGCGCUCGCCCGCUGCCCCAGCCCCCGACGCACGCUGGGAAGCUCCCGGGACCGCGGAGCCGCCGCCUCGAGCGCGGGCCGGGCCGGGGAGAAGCGGCGGGAGGUGGAGGCCCGCACGUCGGGGGAGGCCG